AUGAGCCCCUGGCAGCAGCGCCCGCCCAACGCCAGCGCGGCCGGCGGGCCGGGCCCGCGGGGGAACGGCACGGGCCGUGCGGCCGAGCGCGGCAGCGCCGUGUCCGUGGCCAUCCCGCUGACCAUGAUGCUGACGGGCGUCGUGGGCAAUGCCCUGGCCAUGCUGCUCGUGUCCCGCAGCUACCGCGCCAAGGGCGGCCGCAGGAAGCGCUCGUUCCUGCUGUGCAUCGGCUCCCUGGCGCUCACCGACAUGCUGGGCCAGCUGCUCACCAGCCCCAUCGUCAUCUCCGUCUACCUGUCCGGCCGGCCCUGGGCCGCCAUGGACCCCUCGGGCCGCCUCUGCGACUUCUUCGGCUUCAGCAUGACGGUGUUCGGGCUGUGCCCGCUGCUGAUCGCCAGCGCCAUGGCCGUGGAGCGGGCGCUGGCCAUCCGCGCCCCGCACUGGUACGCCAGCCACAUGAGCCCGCGGGCCACCGAGCGCGGCCUGCUCGCCAUCUGGGCGGCCGGCGUGGCCCUGGCGCUGCUGCCGCUGGCCGGGCUGGGCCGCUACGAGCUGCAGUGGCCCGGCACCUGGUGCUUCAUCAGCACGGCCGGCGGCAGCGCCUUCGCCGCCGCCUUCGCCGCGCUGGGGCUGCUGUCGCUCGCCGUCACCGGCGCCUGUAACCUGGCCACCAUCGAGGCGCUGGUGUCCCGCUGCCGCGCCAAGGCCGGCGGGGCUCAGCCCGGCUCCCGGUGGGGCCGCAUCGCCACCGAGACGCUGCUGCAGCUGCUGGGCAUCAUGUGCGUGCUGUCGGCCUGCUGGUCGCCGCUGCUGGUCACCAUGCUGAGGAUGGCCUGGGAGCACAGGGCCGGGCCGUGCCGCGGCGAGUGGCGGCGCUGGGAGCUGCGCAGGGAGUGCCACCUGUCCCUGACGGCCGUGCGCCUGGCCUCCCUCAACCAGAUCCUGGACCCCUGGGUGUAUCUGCUGCUGCGCAAGAUCCUGCUGCGCCGCUUCCGCCAGGCCGCCAGCGCCGUGUCCAAGUGCUCCAACGCCGAGUGCGGGGACAGGUCCAUCACCCUGUCCGAGGAGAUCCGCCGCACCGCCGCCUGAGGGGCGCCCGUGGCGCCUGAGGGACAUCCGUGGCGCCUGAGGGACAUCCGUGGCGCCUGAGGGACAUCCACAGCACCUGAGGGACAUCCACAGUGCCUGAGGGACACCCACGGCAGCUGAGGGACAUCCACAGCACCUGAGGGACAUUGCCUGAGGGACAUUGCCUGAGGGACAUCCACAGUGCCUGAGGGACAUCCACGGCAGCUGAGGGACAUUGCCUGAGGGACACCCACGGCACCUGAGGGACAUCCAUGGCACCUGAGGGACAUCCGUGGCGCCUGAGGGACAUCCACGGCAGCUGAGGGACAUCCACGGUGGCUGAGGGGACAAUCCACAGCAGCCUGGGAUCACAUCCCACGGUGGCCUGAGGGACAUCCACAGCAGCCUGAGGGGACAUUGUCUGAGGAGGCAUUCCCACAGAGGUCUGAGGGGACAUUCCCACAGCUGGGGGAGCUGCCGGCGCCUGGAAACCCUCCUGGGAAUGUGCUCCGUGCUGGCAGCCUCUCCCCGUGUCACUGCUGGACCCAGGGCGCCAGAUUCUUCCUGCGGGGUGCAGAAGUGCUGGGAGACAGCAGGGCAGGACAUUCCAUGGGCACUGCAGAACGGGACAGGACAUUCCAUGGGCACUGCACAGCAGGGCAGGACAUUCCAUGGGCACUGCAGAACGGGAUGGGGACAUUCCACGGGCACUGCACAGCGGGACAGGACAUUCCAUGGGCACUGCACAGCAGGGCAGGACAUUCCAUGGGCACUGCACAGCAGGGCAGGACAUUCCAUGGGCACUGCAGAACGGGAUGGGGACAUUCCACGGGCACUGCACAGCGGGACAGGACAUUCCAUGGGCACUGCACAGCAGGGCAGGACAUUCCAUGGGCACUGCAGAACGGGAUGAGGAUGUUCCAUGGUCACUGCACAGCAGGACAGGACAUUCCAUGGGCACUGCAGAACGGGAUGAGGACGUUCCAUGGGCACUGCAGAACGGGAUGAGGACGUUCCAUGGUCACUGCACAAUGGGAUGAGGACGUUCCAUGGUCACUGCCACUCCUGGCUGAACUUCAGAACAGGAUGAGGAUGUUCCAUGGUCACUGCCACUCCUGGCUGAGCUGCGGGGUAGGAGGUCCUGUGUGCCUAAAGUAGAGCCUGAGGGGGCUUGUCUUGCUUUAAGGUGGAAAAAAAAAAUUGUUUUCCUGGCAGCCAGCAGAUUCUGCGGAUGGAAUUACUGAAGGGACUCACUCCUGAGAGUGUUUAAUACUGUCAUUACCUCCUUCAGAGAGUCCUUCCUCCAUUUUUCUGGAGGGGCGAGGGGAGAAAGGGAGAAAAAACACAGGAAUAAGAAAAAAACCCACAGAUCUGAUUGGAUUUCAGUGUCCUAAAACUGAGCAGGGGUUGUGGCAGUGCUGGAACAUCCAUCUCUCCCAAGAACUGCGGGCAGCGCGAGUCUCCUGACUCACAGGUGUAUCCUGAUAGUCGCUCAUCUAGGUGGGUGUGGCGCUGGGGCAAGGGGAGGAAUCCCUGACUUUUCCCUGGCAGCCUGCGGAAUGCCCAGGCAGGCUGGAACUGCUGCUGGGGGCGGGUGGAGAAGGGGAGAAAGGGGCUGGGAAAGGGAUUCCUGCUCUCCCUCCUGGCAAAGGCUCGCAGGGCCCGAGCCACUGCUCCCACAGGAGCUGUUUUCCUGGGAUGGAGAAGGGGAGAAAGGGGCUGGGAAAGGGAUUCCUGCUCUCCCUCCUGGCAAAGGCUUGCAGGGCCCGAGCCACUGCUCCCACAGGAGCUGUUUUCCUGGGAUGGAGAAGGGGAGAAAGGGGCUGGGAAAGGGGCUCCUGCUCUCCCUCCUGGCAAAGGCUCGCAGGGCCCGAGCCACUGCUCCCACAGGAGCUGUUUUCCUGGGAAUUGCCGUGCUCUGUGAGGAACGGGGAUGGCACUGGGCACCUCCUCGUUUCCACAGUGUCCCUCAGAGCGGCCAAGCAGCAUCCCAGAGUUCAGCUCUUCCUCCAGAAACACCAGCGGGGCAGCUCUGGGAGUGCUCAGACCGCAGCAGACUGGAAGCAGGGGGUGGGAGUGUGUGAAUUUGUCAGGUCUUCUCCCAAAGAAACUUCCGUGGUUUAGUUACAAACCCAGUUCCAAUCCGUUUGUGCCACAUCUGAGGAUUAUUUUUUUAAAAAAGCUGUGUCUUAAUGCGUUUUCUUCACCCUUUGGGGGGCUGACAGCCUCUGAUGUCUCCUGUUUUGUGGCCUUUGGGGUGGAAUCAAAUGCAAAUACAAUAAAAUACAGCUGGUAUUCCAUGUGCCAGGUACUAUGGAAUUCAGAGGUCUUACGGACAAGUGAAGUCCUGCAUCUGUGAGGAAAUUUCUUGCACAAAACCGUUACUUUUACUCUUUUUAAUUUGUUUAUAAAAGUAAUUCCUCAG